AGUCCGAUCACUGAUGCUUUGCGCCUCAAUUGGAACUACGGUAGCUCUUCCCCAGGACAGUCAACAACCGAGGGACUUAAAAGGCAGCAAAACGCUCUAUUCCGAUAAUCGCAUCAAUGGAGGUGAACUCUCCACCAUUAACAUCGCCGUGUCUGCUCUGUCAAGACAGCUCCGACACAGAUUUCAUUCCUCCUUCUGCUUCCUGGACAUCUCCGGGUUCGCCAGCGCAUCAGCGUUCCAUCUCGGGUCUGAACUCUCCUUGACCGGCGCCCAUCCCAGUUGGAUCUGUUUAUGGUUCAAAUGAGCUUCAAGUUGUCGUGAAAUGCAGGGUUCAACACCGCCCAAGACAUAUGUACAUACCUGCAUGGUCUUCUGAUCCCAAUCCUUGGUAAAACUCUUGAUUUUGCCAUCUUCGACCUCAAAGAUGGCCGCUGCACUCCACUGCGCAUGGCGACCAGAUGCGGGGAUUCCCUUGUACGGUUUCCCACAGUGGCUGCCUUCGGCGGUAUAGCGGAGCAGGACCUGGCCGUUUUUUGCGAACACCUGGUCGAACCGGAUGAUGUGCAGGUCGGCCACACUUUCCAUCACGACGGAAUGUGACUGAGCAUAGUCCAUUGGCGUCUCGCAGCCAGGAAAAGUGGCCGGAGCCCAGAACCAGCUGUCGUCCCGGCACAGAUGACGAACCGAGUCUCCUCCCUUGUUUUCACUAGGUGAGUACGCGAUCGCCAUGUAUUCUUUGCAUAUUGCGAUGUUGCGCUGUGACGGCAUUUGUUGCUGUCAGUCGAUCGCUCUGGGUGUGCUCCCAAGGCCUCCUCAUCCUUCUCCGACAGCAGGUAGGUUAGGAGAAGCAGACUGACCUCUUCUUCCGGAGUCUGAUCUGUGGUGAUCACGGCUGGAGGGUAUUUCUCGGGGGUCGUCAUGUUGGCGCUUGAGAUGCUGAAUGGUGAACAACAGGAUCAAUAGGCCUCCUCCGAUUUUACAUUCAUCCCAUGGCACUGAAGUAUUGGUAAAAUUACUCCCAUUGUUUAAUUCAAUCCAUAUCCUAUCCGACUUAAUACGUCAUUGUACUCGUUGUGAGGGGUAGUCACUGGGGAAGGUGAUGCAAGGCUAUACUCACAAGGCUGUGCGUUAAAGCUGCGCAUUAUGGCUUCCACUGGCAGGGGAGACCUGAAGGAUAUGUGUUAUCCUUGCUGACAGGGCUAGGACGGAGAAUAUUUACUGGAGCAGUAUGCAGAACAACUGUUGCUAUUGAAAGCUCAAGCCGCCGGUUGUUCACUUCUUCGCAAGUUGGAUAAGUUCUUGGGUGAUUAUUUCUUGCCGCCCUUUCGAUUGCUCGCUCGCCAAAUGUGUCUCGAAUGGUAGCAUCUGCACCGUUGUUGAGGAGAAAUUCCACCAUCUCCGCGUCACCUCGUUCUGCGGCCCCAUGAAGCGGAGUUCCCAGAGCCAUGAAAUCGCAAUAUUGGAACGAAGUUGGAUGGGAUUGAUAUUCGAUUUCAUUGAUUCUGGCCCCUCUCAGCAGGAGCGAUUGAGCAACAUCCAGCCGAUCGGCGGAGCUGCGCCGUGUAGCCCAGUGAAGGGGCUGGCCAUAAUCGCACGAGGCGCCGUGAUCGAACAGAAGCUGGAUGAUUUCCAAGGAGGCUUCUAGGACUGCGACCGACAACGGGGUCAUGUCGAAUCUGCACUGGGCGUUCGGGUCUGCGUUCUUCGACAAGAACAACCUUGUGAGUUGGGGAUCAUGGAAUGUCAGCCUGCCAGAGUCAGUUCUCGCGUAAACGGUCAUGAUAUCUUGGGACAUACGCCAACGGUGGAGGGUUCCAAGCGUUGAUGGGUUGGUUGAUAUCGACGCCGCUGUCCAACAGGGCGGAAAGGAUCUCAGCGGGACAUUGCCUGAUAGCCCAUUUUACGUCUUGAAUGGAAGCGGACUGGCCUUCGGCAAUUUUGCGUAGUACCCUGGGAUAGUCUCCAGCCAUGAGUGCACACCCUAAACUGUUAGCAUGGGCUCUGAGCAUAGCGCCCCAGUCGAUCUCUCUGUCCCGGGACUCCAUGUUCUGUAUCUGCAAGAGAUUAGAAUGUUGGAUAGUGGUGGUCUGCCUGCAGAUUGUAGUCGACUGGGUGAUGCUUUUAUGUCCAGCGACCUCACGUGCAAGAUUUGCCUCCCAUUAUUGCUGCCUAAUGCGGCUUGAACAUUUCUAACCGUCUUCUUCGCCUGCGUUCCUCGAAGAGUGACAGGUCCCGAGUUGGCGAUGCCGGUGCAGGUGAAUCUGGAUGGCGUCUCUCUAAGCACGAUCGAUGUCCCCGCCUACUAGUAGACACCGUCUUCCUGCUUCUUACGCAUCUCUACAACCUGCACAAAUCAUCCGUCAAACCCCAAUUCAGGUCCAGGAAAGCUGUUCAUCAAAGCGGUGUGUCAAGCGGCCUCGCAACGGUCGCGGCAUUGAGUGGUCUGAAGCUGAACGCCCACGGUGUCAGGACGACUUGCCCUCACCAUGCCGGAAUCGACCUCAUCCAUGCUAUCGUCACGUCUCGCCAACCUGAAUCCUUUCUCUAGGUCCCAAAGCAAGACCGAUGAUGAAGACCUCGGGGAAAAGAUUGAUCCAAGUACGAUUGCAGGCGGUGGCCAUGGUGUGCGCUCCUCCGAGGUCAACAAGGAUCAACUUCAAAUCAGCCACGCCCUGAGAUCAUUCCUGGUCCAUCACAACGUGAUUUCCAAAAGUGAUGCUAGCUUGCACAACGGGGGCCACUUGUCGGAGCCAUUACAAGCCCUGCUCAACAAGCCCUACAUCAAUGUGCCGCCGUAUAUUACUGACAGGUCUCAUCCGUUGCCGGAAUACUUUAUCAGUUCUAGCCAUAACACGUAUUUAAACGCUCACCAGCUAUAUGGAGAUUCUUCAGCAAUAGCGUACCAGACAGCUCUCAGUACUGGGUCUCGCUGCGUCGAAAUUGACGCCUGGGAUGACGAUGAAGACAAAGACGAACCGAAGGUCACGCACGGCUACACCCUCGUGUCGCAUAUUUCCUUUCGAUCCGUCUGCGAGACCAUCCGCGAUACUGUGGAUAGCGAAGCAGCACAAGUCACAAGUGACGGCCAGUAUCAACCUUCACCGAUCCUGGUAUCCCUGGAGAACCACUGUUCCGUCCAUGGACAGCGACGCCUCGUACAGAUAAUGAAGGACGUCUGGGGAGAUCGCCUACUAAGUGAGGCCGUCAGAGCUAAAGGGCACAAGGAACAAACUGGCUCCGGAAGCCAUGUGCGACUGGAGGAGUUGGGUUCGAAAAUCGUUGUCAUUGUCGAAUACCAUUUCCCCGGCGAACCCGAGGACGAUGAAAGCAGCUCCAGCGAUGACACCGAAGAAGAGACACGACAAGCGCAAAGGACCAGCAAGGAGAAAAAGAAGGUCGCUCCUUCAGUCACCAUAAUACCUGAACUGGCCGAGUUAGGCAUCUACGCUCAGUCGGUGAAGCCCAAAGACAACUCUUGGUACGCUGAAGUCGGCCUCAAGGACGGUCCGCACCACCACCUCAUCAACAUCUCAGAAACCGCACUGCGAGCGCAUUUGCCGGCCGAAAUCCACAGAAUCGCCCGGCAUAAUGCACAACAUCUGAUGCGAGUGUACCCUAAGGGAACUCGAGUCUCGUCUAAAAACCUCAAUCCUGUGCCUUUCUGGGGGCUCGGAGCGCAGAUCUGCGCCCUGAAUUGGCAGACCUUCGGGGCUGGUCUGCAGCUGAAUCAGGCUUUGUUCAGUGGGUCCGAGGGUUAUGUGCUGAAGCCUGUGGCUCUCCGCGCUGGCGGCAACGGGGUACUCAGCACCGGCCAAAAGAAGAGGCUUCGGCUUCACGUAGCAGGGGCUUCUGGCAUUCCCCUACCUGAAGGUCGGAAGGCAGACGACAUCUCACCGUACUUAUCCUGUACUAUGAUCCAUCCCGAUGAUCUGGAGAAGGACCCGGUCAAACGCAAGACGGCACCUUACAAACAUCACAAGCUCGGUUUCCUCCAUGAAGGCGAGAACCCGCCGGCCACGGACCCGGUUUGGGAUGAGACCCUUGAGUGGGAGUAUGAGGAUAAUGAAUUGGCCUUUUUGCGCAUGCUCAUCAAGAGCGACGACAGCUACUCCAGGAACCCUGUGCUAGCAGUCGCUGCUGUCAGGCUGAUGUAUGUUGUGCCUGGAUGGAGUUUCAUCCGUAUGCUAGACUUGAAGGGCAGGGAGACGACUUGCUCGUUACUGAUCAGAUUCGAGUUGGACAAUGUUUAGAUGGGGAGGGUAAUGUCAACUACCCACAAGGGCCAUGAUAUACAAUGAGAGCCAUCUUCCAUCACUUUAAUCUUUGUCUUAAGGCUCCGUGAGAUGAUACUACUGCCAGUGUGUAGUAGGACUCGACUCGGGAGUUUGAGCGGCGCCCGGCCGGAAUAAAUUGUAUUGCCGAACACCAAAAAUGCUGACAUAAACAUGUCAACUGUGG